AUGCCUUCCUUUAACCUCAGCACGCGACAAAUCAUCGCGCUGUUUAGUUCUGCUGCUUUUCUUGCGAUUGUUGUGAAUUCUUUUAUACUGUUUGGCGCAGAUGGCCACGAAGAGUUUUUCAUGUUGUUCUUCCUGGACAAGCAAAACCAGAGCCUGAUCUCCCGAAGCUCAAAGACUGGAGCAACGUCAACGGCGACUACGAUGCGAACCUUGUCGAUGACCAACACCCCAUACAUAGGCGGAUCAUCCAAAAAGACGCAUUAUGGGAUCGUUACCAGGAACAGGGGAAAACAUAUCCCAAAUUCUCCAGCAUUGUUCUAA